AUGGACACGGACACGGACAUCGAGGAGGAUAUUGAAAAGAAGAACAAUGAUGAAAAGAAGAACAAUUAUGAAAAGAAGAAAAAUGAUAAAAAGAAGUACAAUGAUCAAAAGAAGAAAAAUGAUGAAAAGAAGAACAAUCAUGAAAAUAAGAAAAAUGACUCGGCUACUGACACGGACACGGACAGCGAGGAGGAUAGGAUCGAAAAGAACGUGCAAGAGAGGGUGGAGAGGUAUGAAGAGGAGAUGAGGAGGAAGUGGCGAGAAAGAAAGGAGGCGUUGCAAGUGAAGAUGGAAAAGGAAAUCGACGAUCGAGUGAAUGCCAGAUUGCAGGCGGAGUUGGAGUUGCGGAGAGGCCGACCCCAGUACAGACCAGCAGACCAUCACUAUCAUCAUCAUCCUAGCAAUUACCGCAGAGCACCCUCAUCACCACCAUUCCACCCGUCGAAGAGGCAACGUCCCACUAGGGACAAAAGAACCGACCAGCAGAGAAGACGCUACGAAUGA